GAAAAACAAUGUAACCUUGUCUGUUCAAGCCAAAACAAAAUAGAGAAACCUUUUUGUAGUUUUGAGUUAAUGUAGUUAAAAUAUAAAUAUAUUUAUUUUAAUAGUAAUUUCCUUGGAAUGUAAAUAAAAUGAAAUUAACUAAUGCUACCUUUUCAACCACGAUACUAUUUCAAUUUAUGUUCAUUCUGGCAGAUAUAGCUUGCAAUGCAAUAUCUGAUAAAUUUAUUGUUAGAUAUAAGAUGGUAACCUUAUUGGUCAUAUAUGUGAUCCAGGAUGCUUUGAUUUUAAUAUCUAUAACACUGGUGUGUUUUGCCCUUUUUCGCACAAAUGUUUUUAAGAAUGGUUUCAUGAGCAUUCUCCUAAAAAGAUUCAAACUUCCUUUAAUUUUUUCUAUCAUCUACCUGCUGGUAACCGUAGGUCUUCAGACGGAUAUCUUGUUUUCCCGGGAUGAAAAACCAUACUUUUGGGGAAAUGGUAUAGAUAUCCUAUAUUUUGUACAAAGAUUUGUGGCUGUUUUUUAUUAUUAUUUCAUUAAGCGUACAGCUUUAAGACUUGCAGAUCCAAGAUUUUACGAUCCUGAAUGGCUGAAGCAUGCAAUAGCUCAUGAGAAUGCAAGAUAACAACAAACAUAAUCAAAAGAAUGAAUGAACAAAAAUCAAAACUUUUGUGAUAAAAAAUAGAGUCUAGUCAUUGUCAAAAGCAAUAAUCAUAAUAAGACAAUAAAUAACUUAAAUAUAUUAGCAAUUAGAAUUGAAAUGUUAAAAAUUAUUUUGAAGUUAGAUAUGAAAAUUAGGUUAAUCCAGACCCAUGUAAUUCUUAGUUAAGGAUCAUAAAAAAAAAUGUUAUUUUGUUGACUUACUACGAACAAAUAGUUUUGAUGAAACUGAAAUUUGAAGCGCAUAUACUUAUUGAUAUUCAAGUAAAAAUUCAUUAGGUGUAUCAUAAUAAACC